AUGUCUAAUAAUGAUCUUCCUAAAGGCGAAUCCGAAUCCCUCAUUCGCCAACCCUUGUUAUCUUCUCAACGAUCUAUUGUUAAUUCUACUUCUCAAGUUGCCAUCGUUGGUGCCAAUGUCUGCCCUAUCGAAAGCCUUGAUUACGAGAUUUUUGAGAACGAAUUCUUCAAACAGGAUUGGAGAAGUAGAGGGGUUGUUCAGAUUUUCCAGUACAUAUGUAUGAAGUGGCUGUUAUGUCUCAUGAUUGGUGUGAUUGUUGGUUUUAUUGGGUUUUGUAACAAUCUUGCGGUUGAAAAUCUUGCUGGGAUCAAGUUUGUUAUCACGUCUAAUAUGAUGUUGCAAAGGAGGUUUCUGUUGGCCUUUGUUAUAUUUUUUGCUUCAAAUUUGAUUCUCACUCUUUUUGCAUGUAUAAUUACGGCUUUUAUAGCGCCUACUGCCGCCGGUUCAGGUAUAUCAGAGGUGAAGGCUUACUUAAAUGGUGUUGAUGCACCUGGAAUCUUUACUGUACCAACUCUGUUUGUUAAGAUUAUUGGAAGCAUUACGGCAGUUUCAUCAUCUCUUCUUGUUGGGAAGGCAGGACCUAUGGUGCAUACAGGUGCAUGUGUAGCAUCAUUGUUGGGUCAGGGAGGUUCCAAAAGGUAUGGAAUAACAUGGAGAUGGCUACGGUUUUUUAAGAACGACCGUGAUCGACGAGAUCUCAUAGUAUGUGGAUCAGCAGCUGGGAUUGCUGCUGCUUUCCGUGCUCCUGUUGGCGGCGUCUUGUUUGCUCUUGAAGAGAUGGCAUCUUGGUGGAGAACUUCCCUUCUAUGGAGAGCUUUCUUUACAACAGCAACGGUUGCAAUUUUCCUUCGAGCUAUGAUUGAUGUAUGUCUAAGCGGAAAAUGCGGGCUAUUCGGUAAAGGGGGACUGAUAAUGUUUGACGCUUAUUCAUCUAGUAUUUCAUACCAUUUGGUAGAUGUUCCUCCUGUGUUUAUUCUUGCUGUUAUAGGAGGGUUACUCGGAAGCCUAUUUAAUUUUAUGACCAAUAAAGUUCUUCGCAUGUACAAUGUUAUUAACGAGAAAGGCAUCAUUUGCAAACUCCUGCUUGCUUGUUUAAUCUCCAUCUUUACAUCUUGUAUUCUUUUUGGAUUGCCAUUCUUUGCGUCUUGCCGACCUUGUCCUCCUGAUGCAGUUGAGCCUUGUCCAACAAUAGGUCGAUCUGGUAUCUACAAGAAAUUUCAAUGCCCUCCUAAUCACUAUAACGGUCUUGCCAGCCUCAUUUUUAACACAAAUGACGAUGCUAUCAAAAACCUAUUUAGCAUGAAUACUGACAACGAGUUUGAGUUUUCGUCAAUGUUGAUUUUUUUCAUCAUAUGUCUCUCUUUAAGUAUCUUUAGCUGUGGAAUUGUUGCCCCGGUUGGUAUGUUUGUGCCAAUUAUCGUGACUGGUGCGUCUUAUGGACGUAUGGUUGGACUAUUGAUUGGAGAACGGUCCAAUCUUUGCCAUGGCCUUUUCGCUGUACUGGGUGCCGCCUCUCUUCUUGGUGGAUCUAUGAGGACGACGGUUUCUCUCUGCGUAAUCAUGCUAGAACUGACCAAUAACUUGUUAUUGCUACCCUUAAUAAUGAUGGUGCUUUUGGUGUCUAAGAGUGUAGCAAAUGUUUUCAAUGCAAAUAUUUAUGACCUUAUAAUGAAAGCCAAAGGUUUGCCUUAUUUAGAAACUCACGCCGAACCGUAUAUGAGGCAGUUAACAGUAGGCGAUGUAGUCACAGGCCCGCUUCAGGUAUUUAACGGCAUCGAGAAGGUUCGCAACAUAAUGUUCAUCCUCAGAACAACAACACACAACGGAUUUCCUGUUAUCGACGUGCCUCCAGGUUUGGAAACUCCGGUUUUAUUUGGCAUAAUCCUUCGCAACCAUCUUAUCACAUUGUUAAAGAAGAAAGCUUUCUUGCCUACACCUGGGGCGAAUAAUUAUGAUGUAUUGAGACAGUUUUCAUCAAAUGAUUUUGCAAAGAAGGGUUCGACUGAACGUGUGAAGAUCGAGGAUAUACGCUUAACAGAGGAAGAGAUGGGCAUGUACAUUGAUCUACAUCCAUUUACCAAUGCUUCGCCUUACACUGUUGUGGAAACAAUGUCAUUGGCAAAGGCACUUAUACUUUUUCGAGAAGUCGGUUUAAGACACUUGCUUGUGAUACCCAAGAUCCCCGGUAUAUCGCCCGUGGUAGGUAUACUGACGCGGCACGAUUUCACGCCAGAACAUAUAUUGGGAAUGCAUCCUUUUCUGGUAAGAAGCAGAUGGAAAAGAUUAAGAUUUUGGCAAACUUUUCUAGAAAAAAUUCUUUCUGGCCUGUAA